AGACCUGUCAGAGGGAAAGAGGUGCUAAAAUGGGAUUAGAAGAAGAGGCUGGAGUUAGACCAAAGAUACUACUUGGGGUGGACAAUGAACCACACUGCUAAGUGCCAUGAUGAUCACGCCCUGGAUAAGUACCUGUUUCCAUUUGUAUAUGGCACUGUGAUGGUGAUCAGCAUUCCCACCAACUGCAUAUCCCUCUAUGCAUCUUGCAUUCAAGUGAAGAAAAAGAAUGAGUUAGCAGUCUACCUCUUCAGCCUAUCCCUGGCUGACCUUUUGUACUCUCUGAUUCUGCCUCUGUGGAUUGAUUAUGCCUGGAAUGGAGAUAACUGGAGGCUCUCAGCCUCACUUUGUCAGAUUUCUGCCUUCCUUAUGUAUAUGAAUUUCUACACGAGCACUGCAUUCCUUGCUUGCAUCUCUAUUGACAGGUACUUGGCAUUAGUUCACCCCUUGAAGCUCCAGCACUUGCGCACAAGAAGAUUUUCAGUGAUUGUCAGUGUAAUUGUUUGGCUUCUGGAAACUUUUUUAAACUCAGCCAUCUUGGUGAACAAAGACGUAUUCAAUGAUCCUUGCAGUUUCACUAAUCAUACGUUGUGCUAUGAAAAAUACCCCCUGGAAUGGUGGCAAGCUCAGAUAAAUUUGUUCCGGAUAUGCUCAGGGUACCUGGUCCCUUUGAUAAUCCUCGUGUUUUGCUACCAUAAAAUCUACCAAGUAGUGAGGUGUAACCAAGCCACAGUAGAUGAAGAGAAGACAAAAGUGAGGAGACUUAUUCUGAAUAUCACAGUUACUUUCAUUGUUUGCUUUACACCUUAUCACGUUAUACUGCUUAUUCGCAGCAUCAAAGAACCUUACACCACUGACCCACAGACUUUGCAGCUGAUAUAUAAGGUGUACAGAAUCACACAGGCCUUCACAAGUUUGAAUUGCAUUGCUGAUCCAAUUCUUUACUGCUUUGUGAGUGAAACUGCACGAACAGACAUACUGAAUUUGCUCAGGUGUUGCUUGUGCCUACAAAAGCAUGAGGAAGACCAAGCUAAAGACCACGCUGUGUGCACUUCUGCUACAAAAAGCAGUGCUCUGAUCACUUACAGAACUCCCUGUGAAAUGGAGACUGUCAAAAAUGCCUGAGCAAGUACAAUUCAAAUCCAGAUUGGAUAACCUAAAGGGGAAAGAAAGAAAGAAAAAUUGGUAUAUCUAGAAAAGUAUAGCUAGAAAGGACCCCAAAAGCUAGAGAUACUAAUAUAAAUGAAACAAGUAGCUGGAGCUAAUAACUUAUUAUAGAGUCAGUGAAAUCCGUGGAGUAUCAAUACAUAUCUUUAAAUCAGGCAUGGUGCAUAAUGUCAACAAAUAAACACGCAGUGAAGAAAGAUGACCAUGUCAUGCUGACAAAAUUACUGAGGAUCCCCCACAAGACUGCCUCCUGUCACAGGCUGCUAGCCCGUGUGCUGGACAUAAAUAUAUAUACUCAGCUGCAGAAAGACUGAAGUCCUCUCAACCUAGUCAUUUUUUUUUCCAGUUUUAGUAAAAACUUAAAGUUUAGCUGAGAAGGAGCCCCAAAAGGGAUUUUUUUUUAAUUAAAUCAGCACUGUGAUAGGGGUGAAUAAAAUAUGCACACACAUGGAGAUUACUGUAAUGAUUAACUAAGGAGCAGACAGCGUGAUAAAUCUCCCUAUUUUCAUGGUGUAAUUUAUGCUGCUAUGAUGGUUCCUGUGUUCCAGUAGUGCCUCAAGUUCUCCUUCUGCAUACCCCUGAGAUUAU